AUGGCUUAUUCUAUAAAUGAGUUGAUUAUAAAUCAAACAAUUAUCGAGAAUUAUGCAUACGAUAGUGAGUUUAAAAUCUUAAAUAUCAGUGGAGUACAAAUACCUGUUGACGAAAAAUUCAUUAUUCAUUGGAAUUACACCCAAGAAACACCUCAGCAAGUACCAGCUUAUCCUAGCGAUCAAUGUGGAAGCCAUGAAUCAUCAUCAUCAUCAUGUUUAGCAGUACAAACUGCUGAAAGAAUUGAUUGCUUUCCGCAACAUGGUGCAAAUGAAAAUUCAUGCAGAGCAAGAGGCUGUUGUUGGGUUCCAAAUCAUGAUGGUAAUUAUGCUAACGCUCCGUGGUGUUUUUUUCCUCACAAUUAUGCAGCUUAUAACGCAUCUAUCGUCACAACGAAUUUUGGCAUUAGAGCUUAUUUAACAAGAUGUAAAAAUAAUCCAGUUAUCAUCCAAAAUGCAGUAAAGCAACUUAUUGUCGACAUUCAAACUCAAACUAGUUCGCGAAUCCGUAUUCGAAUGUACGAUCCCAACCAGGAACGUUAUCAAGUUCCGAUCGAUUUACCAAAUACAGAUCAAACGUCGUCACCCAGGGCUUUAUCUUCAACUUUAUAUAAUAUUUCAGUUACUGCAAUGCCCUUUGCAAUUUCCAUUAAGCGAAAAUCUACAGGAAAAGUAAUAUUUGAUACUUCAAUUGGUGGGUUAGUUUACGAAAAUCAGUUUUUAGAAAUAAGCACUAGGUUAGCAUCGCAAGAUUUUUACGGGUUAGGCGAACACGAACACCGUACAUUAAAACACCAAGAUUUUAAUUGGAAACUAUGGGGUUUAUUUGCAAGAGAUCAACCACCUAUAGAAAAUGCUAAUUUAUACGGAGUUCAUCCCUUCUACCUCAAUAUCGAAGACAGUCAGGGCCAUAGUAAUGGAGCUCUUUUCCUCAAUAGCAAUGCAAUGGAAUUUAUACUUUCACGUGCCCCUGCUUUAACUUUUCGAUCAAUUGGUGGUAUUAUCGAUAUAUUCGUAUUUGUCGGUGAAUCUCCUUCUGCAGUUUCUCAAGACUACACAAAAACCAUUGGAUUGCCAUUAAUGCCACCCUAUUGGUCCCUAGGUUUUCAACUUAGCAAAUAUGGAUACGGUAGCCUUACUCGUGUCAAGGAAGUAAUGCGAAGGAUGCAGGAUUACAAUAUACCCUUAGAUGUACUAUAUGGGGAUAUUGACUAUAUGCGAUAUGCUUUAGAUUUUACGUACGACACAAAUGCUUAUGCUGGUUUACCUGAAUAUGUGGAAGAGUUACAUACACAUGGUCAACACUAUAUUAUUAUCUUGGAUCCUGCAAUUAGUAAUAAUCAAACUAAUGACACAUAUCCUCCUUAUUUCGAAGGUAUUAGGAUGAAUGUAUUUGUUAAUGAUAGUUCAGGAAAAAAUUUGAUCGGUAAAGUUUGGCCACGCGGUAAUGCGGUCUUCCCUGACUUUAGUAAUCCUUCCGCAAGUAUUUGGUGGCAAAAUCAAGUCGUCGCUUUUCACAAAUCUCUAAAAUUUGAUGGCUUAUGGAUUGAUAUGAAUGAGCCAGCUAAUUUUGUUCAAGGAUCUAUUGCUGGAUGCCCUAAUAACGCCUAUAAUAAUCCUCCAUAUAAGCCUAGAGGUUUAUGGGGAGCUGUGCUAUAUGAUAAAACUAUCUGUAUGGAUGCAAAGCAAUAUCAAUCACUCCAUUAUAAUGUUCACAGCUUAUAUGGUCAUAGUGAAAUUUUGCCGUCUCUGACUGCAGUACGGAUGGCUUUAGGCAACAAUUUAAGGAGUAUAGUUAUAUCACGAUCUACAUUUCCUAGUAGCGGACGGUAUGGUGGACACUGGCUGGGCGAUAAUAAAUCUGAAUGGCCUUCUAUGACUUACUCCAUAAUCGGUUGCUUGGAAUUUAAUAUGUUUGGUAUUCCUUAUAUUGGUGCCGACAUUUGUGGUUUCUCUGGAGAUAGUUCUGUUGAGUUAUGCAAUCGAUGGAUGCAAUUGGGAGCAUUCUAUACCUUCUCGAGGAAUCAUAAUAGCAUCCAUAGCAUUGAUCAAGAUCCAGCUGCUUUUAAUGGAGCAAUUGCAUUAAAUUCCCUUAACGUACUCCAAAUUCGAUAUACCUUACUACCGUAUCUAUAUACGCUCUUUCAUAUAGCACACACGGAAGGUUUCACAGUUAUGAGGCCAUUAAUGAUGGAAUUCCCUAAAGACAUUAAUUGUAGAAGUACUGAUAAACAAUUUAUGUGGGGAGGAGGAUUGUUAAUUUCACCGGUGCUCACUCAGGGAGCCAUAACAGUACAUGCUUAUUUCCCAAACGCUCGAUGGUAUGAUUACAGGACUGGUGUUGAAAUUUUGUCAAACCAGCGAGGUACAACGGUAGUGUUAUCUGCUCCUGCCGAUUAUAUACCAUUGCAUGUGAGAGGAGGCUAUAUAUUGCCCACCCAGGAGCCGGCAAACAACACUGAAUACAGUCGAUUAAAUCAGUUCGGACUAAUAGUGGCACUUGACGAUAACAGCAGCGCAACUGGAAACUUAUUUUGGGAUGACGGCAUAUCUAUCGAUACGUAUAGAAACGGUAAUUUUUCCUUACUGGAAUUUAAGGCCAACGGGGUAAGCAUAGCUUAG